AUGCUUCGACUCAUCACAUUUUUAUUAUUUUCUUCUUUAAUUGUAAUACAAAUUCAAGCAGAUGAACACGACCAUAUUUACAAACCUGGGGAAGAAGUUGUUUUGUGGAUGAAUACAGUUGGCCCUUACAGCAACAGACAAGAAACUUACAAUUAUUAUUCCCUACCUUUCUGUAAGGGAAAGAAGGAGGCAAUUGGACAUUAUCACGAAACUUUGGGAGAAGCUUUAUUGGGCGUUGAUCUUCAAUUUUCUGGUCUAGAAAUAAAUUUUAAAAAAGAAUUGAAAAAAACUGUAAUUUGCACAAAAUAUAUAUCUCGUGAUGAUGCUGAUGCUUUUGUUUUUGCUGUUGAACAUAAUUAUUGGUAUCAAAUGUAUAUUGAUGAAUUGCCUAUUUGGGCCUUGGUUGGAGAAAAAGAGACAGGAGCUUCUUUUAUCUACACACACAAGAAAUUCGAAAUUGGAUAUAAUGGAGAUAAUAUUGUCGUUGUUGACGUUACAGCAGAAGAGAAAAAAGAAAUUAAACCAAAUAUGGAACUUUCAUUUACUUAUGAAGUUAUUUGGAAGCAAUCUAAUACUCUAUUUGACAAACGAUUUGAACGUUAUUUGGAUCCAAGCUUCUUCCAACACAGAAUUCAUUGGUUCUCAAUUUUCAAUUCAUUUAUGAUGGUUAUUUUCUUGGUUGGUCUUGUCUGGAUGAUUUUGUUAAGAACUCUAAAUAAGGACUAUGCUCGUUAUCACAAAGAAGAUAAAGAUCCCGAAGAGGAUUUGGACUUGCCUGACGAUUAUGGAUGGAAACAAGUGCAUGGCGAUGUUUUCCGUGCUCCAGCAUAUCCACUUUUAUUUUCAUCAAUUAUUGGUACUGGCUAUCAUUUAAUCACAACAGUUUUGAUAACAAUAAUGCUUGCAAUUCUUUCUGAAUUUUAUACUGAACGUGGAUCUUUUUUGAGUGCAGCAAUUUUUGUUUAUGCAAUAACAACACCAAUAAAUGGCUGUUUUGGUGGUGGAAUGUAUUCUAGAGUUGGAGGAAAACGUUGGAUUAAACAAAUGUUUAUUGGUGCUUUAUUACUUCCAAGUGCUGUUGCUGGAAUGGUUUUGGGUGUUAAUGCUGUUGCUAUUGGAUAUCAUGCUAGUCGAGCGAUUCCUUUUACUACUAUGUUAGUAAUUGUCUCAAUUUGUGCAUUUGUCAUAAUUCCUCUAAAUUUAAUUGGAACUUUAAUUGGUCGAAGUAUUAAAGGACAGGCUGAUAUUCCUUGCCGUAUUAAUGUUGUUCCACGUCCAAUUCCAGACAAAAAAUGGUAUUUAGAACCUUUUGUGAUUGCUAUAAUUGCUGGUUUUCUUCCUUUUGGCUCAAUUUUUAUUGAAAUGUAUUUUGUUUUUACAAGUUUUUGGGCCUAUAAAAUUUAUUAUGUUUACGGGUUUAUGCUUCUGGUUGCAAUUAUUUUGAUUGUUGUAACUGCUUGUGUUAGCAUUGUUAGUACAUAUUUUUUGCUCAAUGCUGAAGAUUAUCGAUGGAGAUGGACAAGUUUUGCAUCAGGAGCAUCAGUUGCAUUAUAUGUUUAUAAUUAUGCCUUUUAUUAUUAUUUCUUCAAAACAAAAAUGUAUGGCCUAUUCCAAACAACAUUUUAUUUUGCCUACAUGCUAAUUUUUUGUUUGACAUUGGGUAUUUUGUGUGGAACUGUUGGUUAUGUUUCUAGUGCUAGUUUUGUUCAUAAAAUUUAUUCUCGUAUUAAACUUGAUUAG